AUGUCAGCGAUCGAAAAACAACUGGAGGAAACAAAAAAAGAAAUUGAAAAGGUGGAAGGAGAGUUAAAAAAUGUGGAAGGAGAGUUGAAAGAGUUUAUGAAAGAGGAGAACUUGAAGAAGUAUAAAGAGUUGUGGGGGCUGGAAGAAUUAAAGAAUGAAAAGGACAGAGCUGUUUCGUGA